GGAAGUGUCUCGAUCUUCGUGCUUCUCUCCUCCGGAGGACUGAACCCUAGGGGUAGGGGGCGGAGUCCGACGCCAGGUCCCGGAAAGCCGUGGCUCAGGCGGUGACAGUUAUCCGCUUCUGCGUGGGAAGCGCGGAUAGCAGCAGCAGCAGCGGCUAUGUUUCACUUCUUCAGGAAGCCUCCAGAAUCCAAAAAGCCCUCUGUACCAGAGCGAGAAGCAGAUGGAUUUGUCCUCUUAGGAGAUACAGCAAAUGAAAUGAGAUGUAAACCUUCUGAAGCAGAAGACAGCCAGUCUUUGGAGAGCGGCAAAGAAGACACAUCCAGUGUGACUGUAGCAGGCCCUGAGACAGGAAACGAGGCAGGCCAGACCCUGGACAACAGCUCCCUAACAGCUGAGCUCCUGAGUGACGUGCCCUUCACUUUGGCCCCGCAUGUGCUGGCAGUGCAGGGCACCAUCGGCGACCUUCCUGACCACUUACUCUCCUACGAUGGCGGUGACAACCUGUCCCGAUUCUGGUACGAUUUCACUCUUGAAAAUUCAGUACUCUGUGAUUCAUAGUCUUUGUGCCUGUGCAUACCUUAACAGCUUUAAAAGAAAAAACGUUGGCCUAUUUUAUUGAACCUGUGUGAUGUUCUUUGUCAUUUCACCCUUGAAGGCCCUGAGGCAAGCCAGGAUCAUAAAGUAACAUCAUGUUCAUGGUUUAUUCUUCAGAAUAAAGUGAAUUGUAUAAAAAUUGAUAUCAACAAUUUAAUAAAGGGAAGUCACUUUGGGAAAAAAUAAGAAUCCAGACCACCUGUGUUUCCCCCUCGGGCAGAUAGAAAAGUGAAGCUGUUGAGAUUAUAAGGGAGGCACAGAGUGUUUUUGCUGCCCCUGAAGACACAGCACAGAAAAAGAAACAAGCCUUUCCUCUGGUUACCAACACUCUGCAAUCUGAGCCUAUAGCAAGUGUGAAGGUGGUGUGGGGUUCACAGGAGGUUGUGAUAUUACUCCCUUAACAGCUCCCACAAUGUUUGGGAAUGGGGUCAAAAGAAAGCUUCCAGUUAACGUAAUUUUUCAAUGUCAGUUUAGACACACUGAUAGGGAAAUUUGAAACUUCUCAUAAACAUCAUUGACUGCUUGCUGAUUCAAGAAUGCUGUAAUGAGGACACCGUGGUUUGCUUAGACCCAUGUGGCCCUCUCCAAGCUCCUGAAGGGUGUCUCUGUCCCUCCCUGUUCCCUUCACGUCCCCUCUGGGUAUUCUUGGACCAGUUCUCAAAGAGCUUUCCCUGCUUUUGCCUCGUUGGUUUUUCUUCCUUACCACAUAUGAUCCCAGUUUAUGAGGUCUGCAUUCCCUUGUGUCUCUGCCUCCUAAUGGAAACAUCUCAUGACGAUACAUAGCAUUGCUGAUAAGAAUUGUUUAUGGACUUGUUGGCCGCAGUACGGAUGGCGGCGUUUAACUGGUAAACACACUCAAUUUCACUACUUUCCCCUUAGAGUGUAGGCAGAUGCCCAAAUAUGACUUGUCCUUCUUGAAUAUCUGUUAUUUAUUCUAAAUAAAACUAGGCAGGACUGACAUUGGUUAAUGAACUACACGAGAUUUGGUAAAUAGUAACAGACUUUUUAAUCCCAUGAAAAAGUUGUCAUUUAUUUUAAUUAGUUAUAAUUUAUUAAUCCUGUGCCAAAGUUUUAAGUAUAUUUUUUCACAAAGAAAGUAUUGGGGAAACUAAACACUGUGCAGAAAAGUACAAGAAUCAUUUUAAUUUCAAUGUACUAUGCAUGUUCAUUUAAUAGGUGUGGUAUGGCCCUGAUAAAGAGUACUGUGUUGUUUAAAGUUAAAGGAAUAUUUGUACUGAGAAAAUUGUACUUCAUUUACAAUUAACUUUACCAUGUGAGGUUAAUGAUUAAAUUAGGUCUUUACAUAGUUAUCAUAAAGCAUCUACAUAGGAAAUAUGCCUUAUUAUUGACACAAAUGUGAACAUUUUGUAGCACUUUUUGUGAAAGUACAUCCUUUUCAAGUAACCAUGUUAAUGUAUUUUCAAAACUUAAUGUAAAGAGAUACUUCUUUUGUCUAAAACAUGUGAAAAUUUCUAUAAUUAUACAUUUCAUUUGUAUUUAUGUCUACCAUAUUAUAAAUGUGCUUAUAAGUACUGUUUAAAAUUUUAUUUAAAGAAUGUGAAAUACAUGUUUAAAAUAAAUGUUUUGAUUGUUUUCAUAUCCA